AGAGUGAUGUCCUUCAAUAAGCCGAAGAAGAAAAUUCAGUUAAGACGACGCGUUGAUGAUGAAGCCAGUGAUGACGAAGAUACUCGUCGCAUAAAUGAUAUCAGAGAGCUGCAAAAAGCCCGUGAGAAGAAGAAUGGUCUCACAGAAAUCGAAUGUGCGGUAGGGAAGGAAAAGGCUGCGGCGUUGGAAGACGGAAUACAAAUGGCGGGAGGUACUAUGGCGCUGACUGGCAAGCAAAAAGCACGCAUGGAAGCUGCAGGAAUAGAGGCAGGGAUCAGGGAGCAGUUCGAAAAGGAGACAUUGUUGCGUGAUGAACACGAAGAGCUGAGAAAGUUCAUCGAUCAAAACUUGCAUAACGAUUCUGGAGAAGGCAGCAGUGCAUCGAAGCAAAAUACGUCUUCUGAUGUUUUAAUGCGAGCGGCAAGCAAGCUCAAAGGCUAUCGCAGUGAAGCUAGCAAUGAACUUCUUUCGGAGCACAUGCUGGCAGGCAUCCCAGAAGUGGAUCUCGAUCUUGAAUUCCGGCUGCUGCCGCAAAAUCUAUCCAAAUGUGUAGUACUAUGGCUUCCUCUGUAUUUGUAG